AUGGCAUCCACCGCUGGGAUUGAUGAUUUAAUUUCCAAAUUUACGCGCAUUGGCAUCGAUAUCAAAAAGGCAAAAGAAACCGCUUCAAAUAGCAAGCUUUCCUCCACUCUGACUUUGGCCAUAGACUCUGCCGGUGUUUCUCACAACGGAUGUCCAAAGCCUUCCGGAAUGCUGCUGUAUACACUUGCCUCGACAUGUCCAAAAGAAAAGGAAAGCUUUUUGAUUCCCAUUCUUUCAAAGGCCAUUGCAGACAAUCUAAUCACACGAGAUGUACAAAUACAGUCGGCUAUCAGCGACGCAAAGCCCUCCUUUUCAAAAGAAGAGAUAUACAAUUGUGCCGGCAUUGGAGUAAGCGUAUCUGAAUCUGAAAUUGAUGAUGCCAUUUCUCGCGUAUUGAAUGCGCAAGAAUCCCCUUCCUCCAUUCAUAUUGCCCAGCUUUUGAAGCUAGUAAGGGAUGAACCGAAAAUCAAAUUUGCAAACGGAAAAACCGUCAAGGAAAGGGCAGAAUCGCUUUUAUUGCAAGCUCAACAAAAAAGGAAAGAAAACGAAUCCGUUUUGGCUCCCGUUUCGGAGACCACGAGUUCCGAAAAUUUCCGCUCUUUUUAUGGGGCAGUUUUGAAGCUUCACAAACCAGGGGAAAAUCCACAGCUUUCUGAAGAAAUUCGCCAGGCACACUUGAAAGCAACCGGUGGAAGAGUCGUAACUCGCUUCCCCCCUGAGCCCAAUGGAUUUCUGCAUAUCGGCCAUGCAAAGGCUAUAAACUUCAACUUCAAUUAUGCCAAGGCACAUGGUGGCUACACCUAUCUGAGGUUUGAUGAUACCAAUCCAGAAGCAGAGAAACCCAUAUAUUAUGAUGCAAUUAGAGAAUCUGUGCAGUGGCUGGGAUUUACUCCUUGUGCAGAAACAGCAUCGUCGGAUUAUUUUCAAAAGCUAUAUGAUAUCGCAAAACUUUUGGUUUCUGAGGGAAAGGCUUAUGUUUGCCAUCAGACGGCCGAAGAAAUUCACGCAAGCCGAGGGGGAGAUGAUAAGGGGCCAAGAACACCUAGCCCAUGGAGAGACAGGCCCAUUGAGGAGAGUGUCCGUAUCUUCCAAGAAAUGUAUGAAGGAAAAUGGAAGCCAGAAACGGCCACUCUUCGUCUUCGCCAAGACAUGGAUUCGCACAACCCAUUCAUGUGGGACCUGGUUGCAUAUCGUAUUUUGGACACCCCUCAUUGCCUUACUGGGUCGACAUGGCAUAUUUAUCCAAUGUACGACUAUACGCAUUGCUUAUGCGAUUCCUUUGAAAACAUUAGCCAUUCCUUUUGCACGACCGAGUUUAUCCUGGCGCGCGAGGCUUACUAUUGGGUUUGCGAUGCCGCUCGCGUCUAUAAGCCUGUGCAGUGGGAAUACGGGCGUCUCAAUAUCACCAAUACCGUGCUUUCAAAAAGAAAGCUUACCAAGCUAGUUUCGUCUGGCGUUGUUGAUGGGUGGGAUGAUCCACGAAUUUAUACGAUUGCCGGAAUUCGCCGUCGUGGAUUCACUCCUGAAGCUGUGAACAAAUUUGUGGAAAACAUUGGCAUCACCACGGCAUUUACUACCGUCGAUGUGCGCUUGCUGGAAAGCUAUGUCAGAGAGCAUCUCAAUGAAAUUGCCCCAAGGGUCAUGGCUAUUUUGGAACCUUUACAUGUUGAGAUUUCGCUGAAAUCGUGGAAUGAAGUUGCCUUGCCCGCUGUUAUCGAGGCAGGAGGCGUUCUUAGAGACGACGGGUACUAUUGGAUCUCAGUUCCAGACUUUCCUUCUUCUGCUUCAACUGGAAAGGCCGUGUCUAGCAAGUGGAUUCCGAUUAGUCGAACCAUAUCCAUCGAUCGCUCUGACUUUGAUCCAAACGGCGAUUCCGAUUAUAGGAGACUCACUUUGACCCAGCCUGUAGGCCUAUUUAAAGCUUCGUUCUCGAUUCAAAUUUCACCUGGCUAUCACGGCAACUCCAAUGUGCUUCCCGUAGAAGCGGUGAGCGUAGCCACUUGUCCACCAAGGACAUUUAUACAAUGGGUCGAGUCUAACAAAAAUUGCCCCGCCGAAAUUCGAUUGUAUUCCGAUCUGUUUAAAUCAUUAUCGCCCGAUGACGCCCCGGGAGGAUGGCUCUCCGACAUCGCAGAAAGCUCCCUGAUUGUGCACAAACAUUCUAUGGUUGAUCUCCGUGUUAGCUGUGCUCCAGUUGAAAGCAAAUUUCAAUUUCAACGCUUAGGGUAUUUCUGUGUCGAUAAGGAUUCAUCUGGCGGCAAUCUCGUUUUCAAUAGGACCGUCACGCUCAAAGAAGAUCCAACUAAAAAGUAUUAA